AUGGAAUCGACGAGAUACGGUUUACCGUCUCCAAAGUCACCAACCGAGUCAUCAAAGAGGAUCGCUAUUGACACUCUGCUUAACCCAGAGAGUGUGUCAACAUGCGACUCACACUGCUUGUAUCCUACACGCAAGCCACAACCACCAUAUGUCGACUAUCCAGAUCGCCGUGAGAGGUACUCUAGUGGAUCAUCAACAACCAUUAGCAGUGCCUGCUCAACACCCGUAAAUACCUCCUUUCAAGGCUACAAUCAGACGCAUUUUCGCCCUCUCCAAUACCUCAACACAGGUUAUGGCUCCUAUGAUGGACGGCCGGAACCUACAUCUGCAGCCUCCGACAGCUAUAAUUUUACUCACCACCACCAUCACCACCAUAGCACAAUGAGUGGUAAUGCCAACGCCACGGGCAAGGCACCAGUAUCACCCACUUCCUCACCAACGCCUUAUCGAAGAGAACGUUUCCCAUCUGUCUCUAGCGGAGCGUCAUCUGCACCGGUUCCAGAGCGCCGUCGACCACCUCGACCGAAGUACGACGAGGAAGAGAUGUACUUUAUAUGGUACCAUCGAGUUGAUUUAGGCCAGGAAUGGAAGCAGGUCCGUGAAUGCUUCAACGCUCAGUUUCCAAACCGUCAAAGAACUGGCUUCCAGGGAAUACAGUGCAAGUAUUACCGCUUUAUCAAGGAAAAGAACUGCCCCACACUACGCGAACAGCGGAGAAAAAGGAGCGCUGCUGCUGCUUCCGCUGCGGCUGGAGGUGAGACCGGCAGCGACUCUGAAGGAAGAGCGAAGGGCCAUAACUAUGGCGGAUCCAAUUGCCAUUUCAACGAGGAUGGGCCAGCCUAUGGAGUGAUUCGCUGGACGGGCACUCGAUUCCCUUGGAUGAAGCAGUAG